GAAUUGAAUUCUGCAACUGUCACAAAAAUAAUAAUAAUAAUAAUAACUAUUUUUCCCUCUAUUUAUGUGUUGCAAUCAUCGCCACUUUUUAUUUUAUUGCAUAGCAAAUACUAAUAUUCUUGUGCGGAUUCUACUAAUCUCAUUUGCAAGAAAACUCAUAAAAGAAACCAAACUUUGUUAUUUACUCCAUUUCUUGGAUCUCUCUAAGAAUUGUUUGUCUAUUUCUCCAAUAUAUGUAACAUCAUGUGUUGAUUAAAUGAUACAAAGUGGCCUAACAAAAAGGCUAACUUUUUGAUUAAGCAAAAAAAAAAAAGAAAAAAGAAAAAAAAAAAGAUGAGUAGUAUUACUAGUAGCUGUUAUUCAAAUUUGAUAUUGAAGAAGAGAGAAUCAAGAAUCAAUGGAGGAUUUCAUUUACAGUAUAAUGGACUUAGAGCUAUUGAAACUGUACAAAUGCCAGCAAGCUCUGUUGCUUAUAGGCCAAAAGCUGUAAAAUGUGGAAGAAUCAGAGCCAUGUCCUCUCCAGCUGUUUCAGCUCCCAAAAGAGAGACGAACCCGAAGAAAAGGAUUGUCAUAACCGGAAUGGGCCUUGUUUCAGUCUUUGGAAGUGAUAUCGAUAAAUUUUACAACAAACUUCUCGAGGGACAGAGUGGAAUCACUUUAAUAGACAGAUUUGAUGCCUCAAGUUACACAGUUAGGUUCGCGGGACAGAUUCAUGGUUUCUCCUCUGAAGGCUACAUAGACGGGAAGAAUGAUCGUCGUUUAGAUGACUGCUGGAGAUACUGUCUUGUUGCUGGAAAAAGGGCCCUCGAAGAUGCUAACCUUGGCCAACAAGUUCUUGAUACCAUGGACAAAACGAGGAUCGGGGUCUUGGUUGGGUCGGGCAUGGGAGGGUUAAAAGUUUUCACCGAUGGGGUGGAAGCCUUGGUGCAAAGGGGAUACAAGAAAAUUAGUCCAUUUUUCAUUCCUUACUCAAUCACUAACAUGGGAUCAGCAUUGUUGGCUAUAGACACUGGACUAAUGGGACCAACUUACUCUAUCUCAACGGCUUGUGCAACUGCCAACUACUGCUUUUACGCAGCUGCCAAUCACAUUAGAAGGGGCGAAGCUGAUAUUAUGGUAGCAGGUGGAACGGAAGCUGCUGUUACGACUACUGGUGUUGGUGGUUUCAUAGCUUGUCGGGCCUUGUCCCAAAGAAAUGAUGAACACGAAAAGGCUUCAAGGCCAUGGGACACGAAUCGUGAUGGAUUUGUCAUUGGUGAAGGCUCCGGUGUCCUGGUGAUGGAAAGUUUGGAGCAUGCCUUGAAAAGAGGUGCUCCUAUCAUAGCGGAAUACUUGGGAGGUGCUGUCACGUGUGAUGCUCAUCACAUGACCGAUCCUCGUGCUGAUGGACUUGGAGUCUCGUGUUGCAUGGUUAAGAGUUUGGUAGAUGCGGGAGUUUCCCCAGAAGAGGUGAACUAUAUAAAUGCUCAUGCAACAUCAACUCUUGCUGGAGAUUUGGCUGAGGUCAAUGCCAUCAAGAAGGUCUUCAAGGACAGCUCGGAAAUCAAAAUGAACGGGACAAAG